UUAUAAUUUACUGCUAUUCAAUUUUAAAUUACUAUAUGUUAACAUUCUUUCAAAGAAACAGAUCGUUUUGUAUCUUUUUGAGUAGUAUACGAUAGGUGGCGCGACUUUCAAUCCAAUAAAAUGGCCGAAAAUUGAUUUUUCUACGCGGACGUGAGUUCUAUAAAAUUUUUUACAUUCAAACACGAAUGAACGCCGUAUAUAUUGGGAAACGAUAAUGUUUUAAAAAAAAAAAACGACGAUUACAUUGUUACGGAUCGUGAUCAAUUGAAUAUACCUAUUACGAUAGAAUACUAAAACGUGAAGAACUUAUAUGUUAUACUACCUGGCGCAAAGACGUCCGGUAAUUUCUAAUGUCUUUUUGAAAUAAGAAUUCGCGCCUAAAUGAGUGCUAAAGGCCAAUACAAUUGCGUUUUGUGUGACUCAAAAUUAGAAUCCAAGGAAGCUUUGCAGGAGCAUUUUAGGAAACAUGCCAACAAAGAAAUAGAUACUCGUGGUAAACCCGUCAAAAGAAGCAAAAACGAUGAUACCCAAUGUGAUGUAUGUGGUCAAGCAUUUGAUUCAAUUAGUGCAACAAUACGACAUAGAUUUAAAGUCCAUCCUAAUUCUCCAACAAAAUUUUAUUGUCAUUAUUGUGGGAUGCAAUUUCCUCUAAAAACACACAGGGAUAAUCAUCAAGCAUCACAUGAUUCAUCUGAAAGUGAGAGAAAAGAACAACAUAAGAAAUGUGAAGAAUGCGAUGUAUUGUUUUAUAAUGAAAAAGCUUUAGAUUAUCAUUAUCGUUCUAUACAUAAAAGGAUGGUACAUUUAUUUCAACCAAUAGCAACACCACCUCCUAGCAAUAAAAUCAAAGUAAAUUCAAUGAAUGAUGCUCUCAGCGUGUAUUACUGUCAUUUAUGUGGUGCUGAAUAUAUUAUAAAAUUCAAUUUGCAGCGACAUUUGGAAAGAGCUCAUACUCAAGAAGAAAGAGAAGCUGUUCCAGAAGAUUUAAUAAAAUGUACAGUAUGCGCUGCUCUAUUUUGCAGUAAAAGAGCAUAUGAAACGCAUAACAGUUAUCAUCAACCAGAUGAUUUAUAUGUAACAUCCGAAGAACAAAGAUUGCAAACUGUAACUAAAGUAGAUCAAGAUUUUGAUAUUAGGCGUGUCGAAGGAGUUGCUGACAAAUAUGUUCCAAAAACUAAUACUACAAAAAGGCCUGCUAAAAAUUGGCCAAAGCCUAAGAGAACCCAAGAGAAUGUAGAAGUAAAACAAAAGGAUUAUUCUUCUUCAGAUGAUGAACCUGGUACUACUAAUGAAUCCAGUGAUUCAGAAAGUGAUCUUCCAUUGAAACAAAGGAUUUGCAGCUAACGGAGGUCUCUUAUUGUUUAUAAAAUACUUCUAUAUUUAUAUUUUUAACAUAUUGAAACUAUGUUAAAAUGAUCGUCAUUGUAAAAUUAUCAGAUUUUAUUCUUUAUUUUGACAUAAACAUAAAAUGUGAUUAUA